AUGACAAGCCUCGACCUUACCUGGGAAACCACCUCGAGCGGCUCAGAUGAGUGGCGGUUGCUAGCUUUUACCACGCUCAUGUUCCUAGAUGCGACGCUUCCGGAAUUCAUAGAGAUUGCUAGCACUUCCCUUCUCGACACCGGUGCUACUGCGCGAGUGGAUUUUGUUAUUCGCGAGAAUGCCGAUCGUCGCAAGCUGAAAUUCCUCCGCGGCAACAUUCUGCCAGGCGAUAACGAUGAGCAGAGACUUGUCUUUUUCAUUAGCGGAAUUCUUAAGCAUCAAUUCCUUGAUUUUGCUCCUGACAAAGUCAUUCAAUCACCAAAAGCCUCUGUCGCCGGGGAAACGGAUAUCGUUGUACUUGGGGCAUCUGAUGUCUUCACUGGCAUUGCGGGUCUUCUUAAAGGAUUAGGUAGCCUGGUCGACCCUAUCAGCUCAAUUACCAAGCUUGUAGAGUCUAUUCGCGAUGGAGGGGAGGUCAAUAUCGAGUACGAAUUUACGGAGCGCCUCGGGGACAAGCCUGCAACAGCAAAGUUUAAGAUUGUAAAAACUCGGGCUAGGGCAAUGGAGAGAGCACUCAAAGCGCUAGAGAAGUUUGCCCAGAGACCAGAUUCUAGAGCCGCAGCUGGAAAUGCUGCUGUUGCGCUGGAUUGGGAAGAAAGUCAGGAGGCCAAAGACUUUGUUAAGAAUCAUCCGAUGACCUAG